AACACCACCUCAAUAUUCAGUCAGGCCCUCUGUGAAAUAGUGGAGGGCAGUUCAGUGACCCUGACCUGCAGCAGUGAUGGCCAACCCACCUGUGGACAAAUACACCUGGUACAAGAAGAACGUAACCUCACCAAAAGCAUCAGGACAGAGUUACAGCAUCACUAACAUCAGCUCUGAGGACAGUGGAGAAUAUUACUGUGAGGUUGAGAAUAAAUAUGGACGUCUCAACUCUUCUUCUGUGUUUGUGGACGUUCAGUAUACUGCAGCAGUGUUUCCCUGGGUUCCUGUGGUGGGGGUGGGGGCUGUCCUGACUGCUGGAGCUCUUCUAGUCACCAUCUACUGCUAUAUGAAGAGGAGAUCCACAGGAGGAAGUGAUGCCACAGCAGACACACAGAGUGUCCAUCCUGGUCCUAACAGUGAGGUGUACACGGCUCUGAACAUGAAGACCAGGUCACCAGAGUAUGACACCCUGGCAAAUGUGAGGGACUUCGCAGUGACACACACAGCCCCUCAAAUAGAUGAUGAGCCCUCCAUUUAUGAGAAAUGAAGAGAACCACCACAUAACCUGGACUGAAGAGAACCACCACAGAACCUGGACUGAAGAGAACCACCACAGAACCUGUACUGAAGAGAACCACAACAGAACGUAGACUGAAGAGAACCACCACAGAAUCUGGACUGAAGAAAACCACCACAGAACCUGGCCUGAAGAGCUACAGCAUCAAACCAAAGCUAGGCCUCACAAUGCUAUUCUCUUACUAUGAUAUUGCUUUCUAAUCUAGAAGGUUUAAGACAAUGAGCUUUAACUUUUGAGUAAAUGCUGGAAUUUAGAUAGUUCUCCUAAUGAUAAAUACAGUAUGUGCAUUACCUUUCAAAAGU